AUCUUUUUAUUAAAAUAACCAUAUUUUUGUUCUAAACUAAUAAUGCACAAUUAUUUUAAUAGUAACAUAAAAAAGAUGACUGACUCAAAGUAUUUUACCACUACUAAGAAAGGUGAAAUUUAUGAGCUGAAGGCAGAGUUAAAUCAACAUAAAACUGAUCGUAAAAAAGAAGCUGUAAAAAAAGUUAUUGCUAUAAUGACAGUUGGAAAAGAUGUUAGUGCAUUAUUUCCGGAUGUAAUAAAUUGUAUGCAAACAGACAAUCUAGAGCUAAAGAAGCUUGUGUAUUUAUAUUUAAUGAAUUAUGCAAAGUCUCAACCUGAUAUGGCAAUUAUGGCUGUCAAUACAUUUGCAAAGGAUUGUGAUGAUCCUAAUCCAUUGAUUAGAGCAUUAGCUGUCAGAACCAUGGGUUGCAUUAGGGUAGAUAAAAUAACAGAGUAUUUGUGUGAACCAUUGCGAAAAUGCUUAAAAGAUGAAGAUCCAUAUGUUAGAAAAACUGCAGCAGUUUGUGUUGCCAAGUUGCACGAUAUAAACUCUACUCUUGUUGAAGAUCAAGGAUUUUUAGAGCUGCUGAGAGACUUACUCUCAGAUUCUAACCCAAUGGUUGUUGCAAAUGCUGUCGCAUCAUUAACAGAAAUUGCAGAGUCAUCUCCUAAUGCAAAUCAAUACUUUGAAAUGAAUUCUGCAACAAUAAACAAACUCCUUACAGCAUUAAAUGAAUGCACUGAGUGGGGUCAGAUAUUUAUUCUAGAUUCUCUUGCUAAUUACACACCACGAGAUGAUAAGGAGGCACAAAGUAUUUGUGAACGUGUGACCCCACGUUUAUCUCAUGCCAAUGCUGCUGUUGUUCUUUCUGCUGUUAAAGUUUUAAUGAAACUUAUGGAAAUGAUGCCUGCAGGAUCUCCAUUUCUUCAAAGUCUUUCCAAAAAGCUAGCUCCGCCACUUGUAACUCUUCUUUCUUCUGAGCCUGAAGUACAAUAUGUUGCUCUAAGAAAUAUUAAUUUGAUUGUGCAGAAAAGACCUGAUAUCUUGAAACAGGAAAUUAAAGCUUUCUUUGUGAAAUACAACGAUCCGAUAUAUGUUAAACUUGAAAAACUUGAUAUAAUGAUCAGAUUGGCAUCCCAACAAAAUAUUGCUCAAGUCUUAGCUGAACUUAAGGAAUAUGCUACAGAAGUAGAUGUUGAUUUUGUGCGUAAAUCUGUUAGAGCUAUUGGAAGAUGUGCUAUCAAAGUGGAACAAUCAGCUGAAAAAUGUGUUACAACAUUAUUGGAUUUAAUUCAAAACAAGGUCAAUUAUGUUGUUCAAGAAGCCAUUGUGGUUUUAAAGGACAUAUUUCGAAGAUACCCUAAUAAAUAUGAGAGUAUUAUUUCAACACUUUGUGAAAACCUUGAUUCAUUAGAUGAACCAGAAGCCAGAGCUUCUAUGAUAUGGAUCAUUGGAGAGUAUGCUGAACGUAUUGAUAAUGCUGACGAACUUCUUACCACAUUUCUUGAUGGUUUUUCUGAUGAAAAUACUCAAGUACAGCUGCAGUUACUCACAGCAAUUGUCAAGUUAUUUUUAAAGAGACCAACUGAUACUCAAGAACUUGUACAGCAAGUUCUUAGUCUUGCAACCCAGGAUAGUGAUAAUCCAGAUCUCAGGGAUCGUGGUUAUAUAUAUUGGAGGUUGCUUUCCACUGACCCAGCAGCUGCAAAGGAUGUUGUGCUAGCAGAAAAACCAUUAAUCUCUGAAGAGACAGAUUUGUUAGAACCAACGCUACUUGAUGAGCUGAUUUGUCACAUUUCUACUCUUGCAUCAGUUUACCAUAGACCUCCUAGCUCAUUUGUUGCGGGUAAAACAGCAGGUCGUCGCACUAUUCUUCUAUCAUCUUCAACUAAUGAUUUGGACGAUGUAUCGGAAACUGAGCAACCUGCAAUUUCCCAGGUUGCCAAUCAAACUAUAAAUCAAUCGGCUUCUCAACCCUCUUCUUUAUUAGGUGAUCUUUUAGAUAUGGAGCCACCUGCUCCUCCACCAACUCAAAAAUACACUGGAAUGCCAACACAAGUCAAACCUACCUCAGAUUCAGUUCUUGAUCUCUUGGGGGGUGAUCUAAAUAUGCUUAGCACACCAUCACCUUUUAUUCCGCAACAACCUGCUCCUGUGACUGGACUUAACGAUCUUUUUACUUUACAAACUGCUCUUCCUGGCUCAGGUUAUUCAGCUCCCAAACAGGUUUGGUUACCAGCAGCAAAAGGAAAAGGGUUUGAGAUAUCAGGUACUUUUUCAAGACGCCUUGGUCAACCAUACAUGGAUUUAACACUUAGUAAUCGCGCAAUGCAGCCAAUGGGAGGUUUUGCAAUACAAUUUAAUAAAAACAGUUUUGGUUUGACUCCUGCUGUUCUUAAUGUUCCAGCACCACUACUUCCUAAUCAAUCAACUGAAGUUUCACUUGCACUUGGAUUGGCUGGUGGUGUUAUGAAAAUGGAACCAAUUAACAAUUUGCAAGUGGCUGUAAAAAAUAACAUUGAUGUAUUCUACUUUAGCUGUCUAAUUCCAGCUCAUAUAUUGUUUGUUGAAGAUGGCCAAAUGGAACGCAAACUAUUUUUGGGUACGUGGAAAGAUAUUCCCCAAACAAGCGAGGUUCAAACUAGUUUUCCUACUAAAGGACUUUCUUCUGAACACUACCAAUUUCUUCUGCAAGCAAAUAAUAUUUUUACAGUAGCUAAAAAUAACGUCGAUGGACAGGAGAUGUUGUAUCAGUCAAUGAAGUUUUGCAAUAAUUUGCAUGUUUUAUCUGAACUGAAAAUUAUACCUGGCAAUCCUGUUGUUCAACUGGCUUUGAAGACACGCGCCAUGGAUGUUGUUCCAAUAGUACAAGCAGUAUAUAAACAGUUGUUGCAGUUGUAGACUGAUGAGCCCUCAACUAAACCUUUCGUCUAAAUUUUUUUAAUAAUUUGUGUAUUAGUAAAUUAAAGAAUAAACUCCUAUAAAUUGU